AUGUUCAAUAUAUUUCUAAUUGGUUUCUUGUCAAUCGAUUUUUCUAUUGCUGAUGAUCCAAUUAUAAUUGCUUCACCAUAUCCAUUCAAUACAUCAGAAACAUCACAUAUCAAAUGUAUUAGCAAUGAUCAAGGUAUUAUUCUAUCAUUGACAAUUAUUGCUGCAAUGAUAGAUAUUGAUAAAAAUAUUUCGUCAUUACAAUAUAGUAAAGAUAAUAUAAAAAAUAAUGAAAGUAUUAUUUUAACAAUACCUGCACUAUUUAAUUACUCAAAAUUACAUUCAAAAAUUGAAUGUCGUUCAAAAUAUCAUUAUGGCGAACAAAAACUUAGUCAACUUGAAGUACUUUCAGUUGCUGAAAUAACUCAGAAAGAAUUUCUUAUUAUAAAUACGAAUACAAAACAAAUGGUAACUAUUAAUUGUUUAACAUAUGGAACAAAUGUUAUUAUUCAUUGGGAUUUUACUAAGGAUAUAUCAAAAAAUAUAUUUUAUUCCUUACCAAUUGGUAUUCGUUUUCAUCAUAAAUUUAUUCUUAAUGACACAUUAAUUAUUGAUCAUGUUUCUUAUACAAAUCAUUAUGGUUAUUAUCGAUGUUAUGCAACAAAUAAAUUACUUGAUAUAACUUAUGAAGAUAAGAAAAAGAAAAAAUCAACAAUUAGAAAAAAAAAAAUUUCACAAAAUGAUGAAGAAGUUAUUGAUGAAAUAAAACAAAUUGUAACAAAUCGAGAAACAAUUGACUUUUCACCAUAUUACGAUCGUCAAAGAAGUUCUGAACAAAUAAUAAAGAAUGUUGAAAAAUUAAAAUUACAACAAGAAAAUCUUUAUAAUCUGUCUUAUUCUGAAAAUUCUCUCAAAUCAUCGAUAUCAUUAUUAUCGACAAAAAAAGAACAAGAAAAAAUAGCAUUUUUAAAUUCAUUAUCGAUUUCAACAAAAACUUCUCCUCAAUUCGUUCUUGGUAAUCCAUUUCUUGAUUCAAAUGCACAACCAUUAAUUUCGAUCAAAUCAUAUAUUGAUAAAUUUGAAUAA